UGCGAAAGGCGUCCUCAUUGGUGGGACGAGCGGGCAGUUGGGACAGAACGUUGCGGUGGUGGCGGCGGAAACUGAGCAAGAGUGUCCCUGCUCUAUGGCGUCUGUUGAUUGGAGGAGCCGUGAGCACCGGCCAUGCCCAUUGGUGGAGAGGACUCAGAUGUCUGAAAAAGUAGGACUUGCUCCCUCCAUUUGGUUCCUGGGCUCCAGGAAGCGAAGAACACACCUGACACAAACCGUGAAGAAUGACUUAAGGCAUGGGCUCCCGCAGUAGUAGUAACGCUGGCUCGGGGGGCCGGGAUAACCAGGGGAGCUGGUCUCGGAGGGACUCGGGGAUACUGCGCAGCGAGGAAGAGGACGACGAGGAUGUGGAUCUGGCCCAGGUAUUGGCAUAUCUACUGCGCAGAGGACAAUUUCACUUGAUGCAGGGUGGGGGAGCAGCCAGCGUCCGUCUGGUCCAGACGCUCUCGGACUCGGACGACGACAAUGACAGUGCCUGGGAAGGGCGACUUGGAAAUCACUACAAACCUCCAGUGGAUUUGACGCCAGACACUCACGACCUGGAGUGCAACGAGAUCAAAACACACAUCCAGCUGGCAACAGGCAGGCUGGGCUCGGGACAGACUGAGCGUAGUAUCCCUCGACUGCUUUGCAAGAGGGAGCGCGGCCUCUGCCACAACAGCAGCUUCUCUCGUGGGGAGUGCUCACGAGUGGCGUCACACUUUCUCCCCAACCACUUGUCCUUCACCGAUUCCUACUCCCAGAAGGCGUUUUGUGGGAUCUAUUCCCGUGAUGGAAAGCUUUUUAUGUCUGCUUGUCAAGAUCAGACAAUCCGCUUAUAUGACUGCACUUACGGAGGCUUCCGGAAGUUCCGGAGCAUCAAAGCCCGGGACGUCGGCUGGAGUGUCCUGGAUGUUGCCUUCACUCCCGACGGGGCCCAUUUCCUCUACUCCAGCUGGUCAGAUUACAUUCACAUCUGCAACAUCUAUGGCGAGUGUGAUACCCACACAGCGCUGGAUCUGAGGCCUGACGAGCGUCGUUUUGCCGUCUUUUCCCUCGCAGUCUCCUCCGAUGGAAGGGAAGUGCUUGGCGGGGCCAACUAUGGCUGUGUCUACGUGUACGACAUGGAGCAGAAUAAGCGGACGCUCAAGAUCGAGUCCCACGAAGACGACGUGAAUGCCGUGGCCUUUGCUGACACCAGUUCCCACAUCUUGUUCUCCGGGGGGGACGAUGCCAUCUGCAAAGUGUGGGACCGGCGCACCAUGAGAGAGGACGACCCCCGGCCUGUGGGCAUCCUGGCUGGCCAUCAAGAUGGCAUCACCUUCAUAGACAGCAAAGGGGACGCCCGAUACCUCAUCUCAAACUCCAAGGACCAGACGAUAAAGCUCUGGGACAUGCGGAAGUUCUCGGGCCGCGAAGGCCUGGAAGCCUCCCGCCAAGCUGUCACUCAGCAGAACUGGGAUUAUCGCUGGCAGCAGGUGCCCAAAAAAGCACGGCGGAAGUCAAAGCUUCCGGGUGACACCUCCCUCAUGACGUACCGCGGCCACGGAGUGCUCCACACGCUGAUCCGCUGCCGUUUCUCGCCGCUUCAUAGUACCGGACAGCAGUACAUCUACAGUGGCUGCUCCACGGGGAAGGUGGUGGUAUACGACCUCCUGAGCGGCCUGAUUGUGACAAAACUGACCAAUCACAAGGCUUGUGUCCGUGAUGUCUGCUGGCACCCCUACGAGGAGAAGAUUGUCAGCAGCUCGUGGGACGGGAACAUCCGGCUUUGGGAAUACCACCAGACGGAAUACGACGAAGAUCCGCGGAGGCCCCCUACCACCCGAGAGCUGCGCCCCAGACCCUCAGGAGCUUCUGAUCAGUAGACAUUUCUAUCUCUGCUCGCCGCCAUUCUCCAGUUUUGGACUCGCCACAUGGUCGAGGGAGUGGGGGGGGGAGCAAAGAAGACCUCACGCUGCCUAUGGCCUUGGGACAUUUGGGUGGGAGGGAGGGGAAACUUUGUUGUGGGUGGUCUGCUAAGUGAAAUGUAAACAGGGCUUGGGGGAGAUGGGCAGCGUCUCGAACACGGCUCUUGGGAAGAGCCAGAAUCGGAUGACCAGCUGCAAAGGGGGGAAAUUUAGGUAAGGAAUUGUUAAUCUGAACAACAGGCUAGUUUAGUUUAUAGCGUCGCUUUAGGGUUCCGUGGGAUUGAAAUUUACAGUCCCACCCUCUUCCUGGUCUGUUAUUUUUAAUUUUAAUUUUUGGAAGGCAAAAUCAUGGAUCAUCCUAACAACUCUGGGAUUUAGUUGGCUCUGGGGAACAACAGCUUGUAGACCCCCUCCCUCCCUUCACCCCUUCCUUCCUUCCUUCCUUCCUUCCUUCCUUCCUUCCUUCCUUCCUUCCUUCCUUCCUUCCUUCCUUCCUCCCCCCCAUGCCCACCCCCUAGUGUGUGUGUGAUUGUGUGUUUGACUGAUCAGCCUUCCACAGAGGUUAGAAAAGAGGGCUUAGCGUUCUUUAAUUCCUUUCUGGGUGCCACGAGAGCUGAGACGUAUCAGAGAAUGGGGUGUGAGGCCCUUACUCCCUCCUUCCAGGGGCGAGGGAUACAGCAAGCUCCCCUCUCCCCUUUCCUCUGCCACGGCGGCUGUUGGCAAAGUGCGAGGGGACGUCUCUCCUCCAGCAGCAGAUAAUGAAGGCUCCCUCUUCCCUUUCUUUGGAGACUAGAACGCACAGGGCACAUUCCUUCCUGGGACGCUUCUUCUGGGGAAACCUCACCGUUUGUCUGAGUGAGAAAUGACAGUGUAGGGGUCAUAGCAGGGCUUGAUUAUUUUGCAGGGUGGGGUCUUUUCCCCUGCAAGAUGCUGUGUGGUCAGCCUGGCCCCUGCCUCCCAGACCUUCCUUCCCCGUUGCCUCUACUCACCCCCACAGCCCCCCCUUUCUUUUAGUUUCCUCAAGCGGCAGGUUGCUUGAAAAGGGAGCCGGGCGGAAAUCCUCUUCUACACCCCUUCCCCAAACUGCGUUUCCCCGUUUGGUGUUGGGAGCUGGGUGCGCCAGGAGGCUCCCUUUCUGCCAGUUGCGCCCCCCCCCUCUGGGAUACUUCCUGCUUUUCUCCCAUUUGCCAUGAAGGUGGGGGUCUCCCAUCAGCUGCGCCUCUGAUGCUAGAGUGCUGGUGGCGGUAGGUUUGUUUUCUUUUGUUUUGAAACAGUAAAAUAUCUGGAGGUUUUUUUGUUUUAAGUAGAUUUAACCUUGAUUUAAUCUCUGGUUAAAGAGAGAAGCUGUUUUUUUUCCCCAGGAAACACACUCCCCCCAGCAUAGAAGAGGGGGAGUGUCACCGGGGGGGGUGGAGAGCAUCUCUUUCCUGAGAUGCCUACACACUUCCAACAAGGGUGUUGGUGCAAACUGCAAUUGCCGUCAAUAAAAGCUGUUGAAAUUUU